CGAUCCCGACCAAUCAGUUUUAACGUAGUCCUUACCGUCCAUACUACGGGAAGCAAAAGACACAUUACAGAGCAGCUGACCGCCGCUAAUUCUUACGGUAGUCCAUGUAUUCCCAGCUCCACUGGGAGGCAUGGAAGCUCACAAUAUAACCUCAUUGGUCCUGCUGGCUUGCGGCUCAUUCAACCCCAUCACCAACAUGCACCUGAGGAUGUUUGAACUGGCUCGAGAUCAUCUGGAAGACACAGGUCAGUACAGGGUGGUGAAAGGCAUCAUCUCUCCAGUGAGUGAUGGCUAUAAAAAGAAGGGUUUGAUUGAGGCCAGCCACCGUCUGGAGAUGGCCAGAUUGGCAACAGAGAACUCAGACUGGAUCACAGUAGAUUCCUGGGAGUGCUUGCAGCCUGAGUGGGUGGAGACAGCUAAAGUUGUUCGGCAUCACCAUGAGGAACUGCUUUCAGCAGCACGGAACAAUGAUGAUGUGGACACAGUCAAGCACACCAAAAAGAGACGCAUAGAUGAGAAUUAUCUUGGAGUUUCAUCUCAUCAGAAAAGGAGAGGUAUCAGUCCUUACUUACGAAAGAUUGCUCUGAGGCUGAAGCUGAGGAAGGUGAUUGAGCAGCGCGGCGACCAGUACAUCAUCAAAACGGUCAGCGCCUUCCGAAACUACACCAUCUCCUUCAGAGUGGGCCAGGAGUUUGUGGAAUAUACCCAGGGACUGGACAACAGACAUGUCAAGUCACUGGUGACAUGGGAGGGGAAUAAACUGGUGUGUGAACAGAUUGGAGAGAAGAAGAACCGGGGUUGGACUCACUGGGUUGAAGACGACAAGCUACAUCUGGAGUUGCACUGCGAAGGAGAAAUAUGCAAGCAGGUCUUUAAGAAAAAUGUGGCUGAGUGAAGAAGAAUGAAAGUUGUAUUCCAGGAGAUGUUACUCUGUGAUGAACAGCAUCGUGUUAAAUCCACCGCUCUAAGCCCUGAACAACAAAACCACAGUAAAAGUUCAGUCUGUGGUGUUUUCUCUGUACUCAGUUCAGGAGAAAAUAUCCGUCCUUUCAGGGUAUGGAUUUACACCAGUAGAUGGCAUCACUGCAUUACUUUUGUCAGAUACUGGUCUACACUGUUGUGUAGUUUGCUGGUGUUGGCUUCAGCAUCAUGCAUCUUUAUUGCUUGUUUCAAUGGGCUGAAAAAAGCUUGUCCAUUCAGGCUCUGUUAAGUGAUAAGUUUUUGUUUCCAUAAAAUCUCUUUUGUCUGAUAACACAAAUUUGAGGAAAUGUUUCUUUUCACUGGCUUGUGCUAUCCACCUGGCAUUUGGUUGAGCUAUUUGUAAAAUUAAAAUCUCACAUUCAUGUAGAUGCAUCUACACCCAAUGUACAACAAAAAGUGAGGUGCAAGAUGUUCGGAAUGCAAUUUGAUUUUAUGUGACUGUAUAAUAAAAUGGGUUUUGAAAGAAGUCUGAAGCAGCAUCUUUUUCUUAUUCUGUCAUUCUUUUUUGUCAUCCUAUCUUUAGAAAAAUAAAAGUUAUUUUUUCUGAUUGUAUGCUAUUGGGUUCUCUGACUCAAAGAUCUGCCCUGUGUCACCAUUUAUUCUACAUGUGAUGAUGAUGAGGUAGGGAUUGUAAUGAAUAAUUUUGCAGUAUAAUAAAUAUAAAAAUUGUACAGUAGCUAAUCUGCCAUAUUGCUGCUUGUACCUU